CUCGUGGUGAGACGAUCUUUGAGAGUUUGACAGCUCCGCAGGACCCAGUUCACUUGCAACAUGGUCCACUUCUCCUAGGUGAGACGAUCUUUGAGAGUUUGACGGGACUUCCCUGCAGGACCCAGUUCACUUGCAACAUGGUCCACUUCUGCACGCGCCUCCUGGCCCGCCUCACACCUGCUGCUCGCCAAGCCACAGCGCCCCAACACCAGGGGCCCUUCUACGAGUUCCGGACCUACAGAAUCCGUCCCGACCGAACCGCCGCCUUCCUGAGGCUGACCAAUGAGAAGAUCCACCUCAGGACCGCCCACUCGCAGCUGAUUGGCUACUGGAGUGUGGAGUACGGCGGCCUGAAUCAGGUCUUCCAUAUUUGGAAGUACGACUCUUUCUCCCAGCGGGCGGCGGUCCGCUCGGCGCUGGCCCAGGACCCGCGCUGGAUGUCCGAGUACAUCUCCCAGGCCAUUCCCAUGCUGACCUCGCAGGACAACCAAGUCACCACCUUGUUGCCGUGGAGCCGCCUGCGCACGCCGCCGCUGGAGGGCGGUGCUUUUGAACUGGCGUCGUUCAAGAUGCGUCCGGGGGGGCUGCCGCUUUGGGGCGGAAGCCUGCAGCAUGCCAUCGCCUCCCAUGAUGCACCUGGACACGCCCACUUGGUCGCCGCUUUCCACAGCGAGAUUGGCCACCUGGACACAGUUCACGCCCUCUGGUGGUUCGAGAGCGCCGACAAACGCCGCCAGGUUCAAGGCGACGCCAUGGCAGAUGUUGCAGUCCACGUCCACACGCGGAACAACAAAGUCAUGUUUGCGUGUUCCUUCUCGCCACUCAAGUGACUUCCUGUCCGCACACCACGGUGACUUGCCCUUUAAGAGCCUUGCUGUCAAUCAUGGAUUGUGGGCGGGGUUUGGAGACAUACUUCAAAAUAAAGUCGUGGACUAAAGUUUGUGUCCGAGUUUGUCACUUCUAGCAUCCUAAAAGCAAACAUGGCGACCCACAGGAGAUAUACAUCCACACACCAGGACUAAGACACAAGAACCGAACCACCAGGAUCCACUGGAACUGACCCAGAAGUAAACCCACUAUAGCUAAUCCACAGAACUGAUUCAUUGGGACUUACCUAGAAAAAGUAAACUCACAAGAGCUGACCUACACGGACCCACCAGGACUGACCCAGAAGAAAUAAACCCACAAGAUCCUACCCACAGAACUGAUCCACUAGGAUCCAGAAGAACUGAUCCACCAUGAAGUGGUGCAAAUGGACUUCAGACCUGGACUGGUUAAGUCAACAUGACCCAAAAACUAAAUCAAUACUAAUCAGCAAGUUUGUUUUGUUUCCUUCAAAAUAAAAGCCGGACCGUGGAUUUGUGUGAUUUUAUUGUGGUCAGUAACAGUUUUGUGUCACGUUUGAAAAGAUUAUUUUUU